GCAAUUACUUCCGGGGUCAUUUUGUAACUUGAACACAUAACACACCGUAACACCCUCCUCGUCCCCGCUGACCUGUCUCCGGUCCCCGCGUCCAUGUCCACCGCGGUGCUGAUCGCCGCUGUUGUCGGCGGAGGGGUCCUCGUCCUCAUGCGCCGCUUGUUUCCCGUGAAAAAAGCCGGCAAGCUGCUCCGGUAUGCGGCCGGCACGAUGCGGGGGAAGACGGUCAUCGUGACCGGGGCUAACAGCGGGAUCGGGAGGGCCCUGACCGCGGAGCUGCUGAAGCUCCAGGCCCGGGUCAUAAUGGCCUGUCGGGACCGGGGGAGCGCGGAGGAGGCGGCCCGGGACAUCCGGAGGACGGCUGGAGCGGAGCAGGGGGAGGUGGUCGUCAAACACCUGGACCUCGCUUCUCUUGGGUCAGUCCGGAGGUUUUGUGAGGAGAUUUCUCAGGAGGAGUCCAAGAUUGACGUGCUCGUCAACAACGCAGGACUCUACCAGUGUCCCCACAUGACGACGGAGGAUGGUUUCGAGAUGCAGCUCGGUGUGAAUCACCUGGGUCACUUCCUGCUCAGCCACCUCCUGCUGGACCUCCUGAAGACGUCAGCUCCCAGCCGCAUCGUGGUGGUUUCCUCGAAGCUCUACAAGUACGGCCACAUCAACUUCGAUGACCUGAACAGCGAGAGCGACUACAACAAGGCCUCCUGCUACAGCCAGAGCAAGUUGGCCAACCUGCUGUUUACACUGGAACUGGCUCGUCGGCUGGAGGGCACGGGGGUCACGGUCAACGCUCUCACCCCGGGCAUUGUGAGGACCAGGCUCGGCCGGCACGUUCAAAUCCCUCUCCUGGCAAAGCCGCUCUUCUACCUCGCUUCGCUGAUCUUUUUCAAGAGUCCACUGGAGGGGGCCCAGACUCCCCUCUAUCUGGCCUGCUCCCCAGAGGUGGAGGGAGUGUCGGGGAAGUGUUUCGCUAACUGCGAGGAGGAGGAGCUGAUGGCCAAAGCUACAGAUGACCAGGCAGCUAAGAAACUGUGGGACAUAAGCAGCAGGAUGGUUGGACUCACUGACUAAGCACAGCCCUGCUCUGCUGACGGUUCCUCAGGGGACUCAUGCUUUCUCGGACAAGAUAAUUAAUCCCCGGCAGCUUCACGUUGACUGUACGGGGAGAGAUGGCUUGUGUAAAGACCAGUUGCCACCUUUGGGAUAAAAUAAUUAAUGGCCUGACAUUAUGUCAUCUUGUAAUAAGUGUGUAAAUUAAGUCUAUUUGCUGAAGUGUGCUUAGAGUAUGUUGCAGAGAGCUGAUGAGAAGUGAAAAAUGAACCUGUAAAAUUGAUGGCCUUCUAAAGAGUGGACAAGAGUUACUGUCUUACUUUUCACCUCACUAGAAAGACAAGGUAUAGAUAUACUCCAGAUGUGUUCCUUGAGAUGCUGCUGCUGCUGAAGUGUGGCUCCCUCCUGUGGAUGGAUUCAGUCUCAUAUGUAAAUCCUUUCUUACCCCAGAGAGAAGUGAAAGGAUAUGAAGCAAUAAUCUAUAGUGUGAAAUUCAGAUGCACAAGAAUAAAUACAAGAAAAACUCCA